AUGACCUCAUCAAGACAAUCAAGCAGCAGUACCAUUGGAGGAACAAUUUCCUCAUCAACAAAUAGCUCUACCAGUAGAACGGUCUCUGGCAGAUUGAACACUUCCGGAAUGUCAUCAAGCGCACUCACCUCAUCAAGAACACCACUUUCAUCCUCAACAAGACCUUCUAGCAGUCUCUCAAACUCAAGCAAUACAUCGAGUCCUUCUAAUGCAUCUACAAAGAGUAAUACAAGUGCCACUUCCAGAACCUCAGUUAAGAGUUCUAUCAGUUCCACACCAACAUCAUCAUCCUCUUCCUCUGCACUUCUUAAAAAGUCUCCUUCUAAGAUUGAUACUGGAAAAACAACAUCCUCAACCCUUAAACCACCAAGCAGUACAAGUUUAAAAUCCUCUUCAAGUGCCCUAAAUACCUCUUUGAAUUCAAGUACAUCAACACCAAUAUCAAGAACAGGUUCCAGCUCCUCAGUAAAAAGUACAACCUCAUCGUCAGGUGUUUCAAGAGCAAAAUCUGAGGAAAAAGAAACCUUAGAAAAGCAACUGAAAGAGUUACAACAUAGAUUUGAGCAAGAGAAACAAAAUAUGGAUAAAUUAAUUGCCGAAAAAGAAAUAGAAAUGAAAAAUCUAGUAACAAACAAUUCAGCUGGUAACCAACAGAUUGAUCCAACAACAAUCGAGCUCAAUAAUCAAAUACUGUUCCUUGAAAAAGAAAAAUUUGAUGUUGAACAAAAGCUUGAAAACUUUAAACUUGAAAUGAAAAAUAGCAUUCAACAAUUGAAAAAUGAAAAUGAAACUUUAAGAGGAGAUGUAAAAGCUACUGAGGAAAAAAAUAAGGAAGUGGUACAAAAAUUUACAAAAGAAAUAGAUACUCUUAAAAAAGAAAAUAGUGAAUUGGAAAGUAGGCUAGAACUUGCUCAAGCUCAAAUAUUGAAUCAGCUUUCAAACGAAGGAGCUGAAUCUGAAAAGUUGGAUUCCUUUUUGGAGAAAAUUACGUUACUCGAAGAAGAGAAGAUCAAACUCGAACAAAUAGUUACCGACUCAGAAAAGGAAAAUAAGAGGCAGCAAUAUUCAUUUGAAGAAGAAAAGGAAGCUUUUAAAUCUCAACAGACACAACUUGAAUCAAAGAUUACAGAAAUUAAUAGUCAAAUAGACCAGAUAAGAAGAGAAAAAGAAGAAACUGAUAAAAUGCUCAAACAAUCUCAAGCUGAAAUGGAAUCCCUCUUGGGAAAAAUCAACUCAGAAAUUACAAUCAGGGAUAAUGAGCUCUCUGUAAAGGAAGGCUCUGUAUCAGAACUGAAAACAGAGAUUGAGAUUUUAAAAAGAAAGCUCGAAACAGAAUCAGAAACCAAUACCAAAAACAAAAUAGUAGUACAAGAAUAUAACUCCUUAACCAUUAAGGUUAAAACAUUGGAAGACGAAAACGAAAGGCUAAAGCAAGAAAGGCAACAAGUUGAAAAGGAGAAUGUUGACAAAUUGGAAAAAUAUAACAAUGUGAAAACCAAUUAUGAUAAAAUUGUGGAAAGGGAAUCCCAUUUAUCAACAUUGGUUAAUCAAUUAGAAUACAGAUACAUUGCAAAAGAAGAAGAGAUUUCAUUGUUACAUAAGACCCUGCUAGAAUUAAAACAAAAAUUACAGCAGACAGAAGAAAAGUUCUCCACAUCUCACACUUUAAACUCAGAAGAGGUUAACAAACUACAGAUGGAUUAUGAGAAAUCAAAAGCUGAAACAGAAUUAAUUCAAUCCAAACUUAUCAAAGCAGAGAACGAUGUCAAGUCUCUACAACAAGAGAAAAUCAGUCUCAGCGCAACAAUUGAGCAUGAGAGGGGAAAUAUUAACAACCUUGAAGAGGAGUUGGAAACAUUAAAGAAAACUCUUACAACCAGUCAAUCACAUCUUAAUGAAAAGGAUAUCCAGCUCGAAGAGCUUAAAGCAACCCUAAAUGAUGUGGAAGAUACUUUGAAACUUGAAAUGUCUCUGAAAGACCAACUAAACUUUACACUUUCCACAGAACAAAAAAGUAGAGAGAUGAUUGAAAAAUCCUAUAAGGACUCUACAAGUUUAAUUUCUACCCUUGAAAGGAAAUUGGAAGAAGAAAUUUAUUCUAAAAAGAUGGUAAUAACAUCUUUUGAGCAACAAAUUGCCUCAUUGAUUACAGGAAAAGAAGAGUUAUUAGGUCAAACUCAACAAUUAAUGACAGAGCUAGCAUAUGAAGUCCAAGAAAAAAAGAAAUAUAUUCAAAUCUCAUCUCAAAAUGAAGAAUUGGUGUCAAAGGCUGCUGUUGAAAUAGAGAGACUCUCCCAACAAAACUUGUCUUUGGAAUCUCAAUCACUAUUGAAUGCUUCUUCACAAAAACUAAUGAAAGAUGAAAUUGAUGAUUUAAAGAAGCAAAUAGAUCAAAAAAAAUCAAAAUUGGAAGUGUUGAGGCAAACACAUGAUUCAGAAAUGUCUAAUCAAAAAAAUUACAUUAACAAGGUUCAAGAAUUAGAGUCAAUGAUUGAUGUUGAGAGAAGAGAGAAGAAAGAUAUAAACGACAAAAUGGAUUUGCUAUUGAAGGAAAAUAUGGAAAAUAAGAGGAGACUUUUGGAUUCAAUGAAAAAUGUGGAGUCAUUAGAACUAACUCUUUCAAUAGAAAGAAAAGAAAAAGAUUUGUUUCUAACAAAGGGGAAAUCUGAACAAGAGUCAAAAUUAAAACUCGAAUCGCGCAUAUCAGAACUUGAACUUGAAAAGAAGAAACUUGUACUAGAAGUUGAAAAUUCCCACGAACUUGUCUCCUCUCAAAAAUUAUCUUUGGAGAAAUCCUUAAAAGAAGAAUUUAACAAACAGAGGAAAAAUGUUGAAGCCAAAUUGACUGAAAUGACAAACGUUAAAGAUCAAUUAGAAAUACUAUUGACUUCAGAAAAGGAGCAAAGAACUACCUUAGAACAAUCCUCCAAGAGGGAAAUUAAAAAAUUGCAACAAGCUUUACUCGAAGAAAAAGACUUUAUAAUAGAACUAGAAAGAAGAAUACAAGAAGAGACAGCAAAGAACGGAGACCUUAACAAGAAGAUAGAAGAACUAUCACUAAAAAAUAACAAUUUUAAAAGUGAUAUUGUUGUACAACACGAAGCUAAGAAAGAGGAAACUAUUGCUGAAAAAAUGUCAAUUGAAACAACUACCCAUCAUCCAGACAAAACAGUGCAAAAAUCCAAUGUUGGGGUAGGUCUAUUAAUGGGAAUGGUUGGAGUUGGUAUUGGAAUAGUUAUGCCGUCUCUCUUGAAAAAAUUUGAUGUUGAUGUUCCUAAUGUAUAG